AUGUAUCUUCAACUAAAUUUUUAUUUGAUUUUCAACAAACUGAUACUUUUUUAUAUUGAUUUCUAAUAAUAAUUUUCAUUGAACUAAAAUUUUUAUUUUUAUAAUAUUAAAAGAAAUAAUUAAAUUAAUGCUUUUGGGAUAGAAUGCUUAUUUUCUGGUUUAGCUUAGUGCACUAAUCUCUUAUAUUUAGAUCUUAAUUUGAAGUAUAAAUAAUUGAAUUAAUUUAUAAGUUAUUAUUAAAUAAAAUAUAAAUAAUUUUCAUCAAAACUUAAAUAUAAGUUAAAACCUAGAUGCUAGCUGAUUAAAACACAUUUUUUAUUUAUACUACGAAUUUAAGUUUACAUUUUAUUUAAAAAUUAUAUUUAAAAAUAACUAAUAAAUAUCAAUAAAAUAUAAAAGCAACAAUCAAAUCGAUCUUUAGAGCAUAUAAAGCUUAGGAUCUGGUUUAAAAUAAAUUACUAAUCUCUAAUUUUUAUCACUUGGUCUCACCAAUAAUAUUUUCGGUUCGUAGGGCACAUAAUUGCUAUGUUAAGAUUUAAAAAGUUGCACUUAUAUCUAAAACCUGGUUCUUAAUUUUGGCUUAAAUAAUUUUAAAGACAAUAAUAUUUAAAUGUUUGCUAUAGAUGUAUAAAGCAUAUUCUCUGA